UGCUCUCUCUCUAUCACUCUGUCUCAAAUAAAUAAAAUAAAUAAAAUCCUUUAAAAUGUAUAAACUCUCUGGGGAACAUUGUGCUCCCCCCCAGAUCCACCUGUGUCCCCACUGGACUUGUCCUGCCCUCCUGUCCGUCAGGGUCAGAUGGUGACCCCGAACCCCAGGACUUCCCAUCAGUCCCUCUGAUACUCUCCUGUCUUACCUGAUUCAUCUCCUUAAUGGGCACCAAACAUCCUUCACCCAUGUAGCAUAUACAGCACACAGAAGGCAAUAAUACAAUGACUAUAUCUAUUAUAUACACACAUAAUGCAUACUGGGAAUAAUAGGAUGACUUCAGCCAAAUAAGACAGUAACAAAGCAUCCCGUGAGUACAAUGUAGCACCCCAGGGCACCUCAGCACACAGCCUGGGAACCACAGUUGUAUUAGGAUUCUUUGACUCUAAGUGACAAAACCCAAAUGAUCAGAAAUCAGAAAAGGAAAAGGGAGGAUUAAAGACACAGAGGAGGGGAGGUUGUGAGAACCUAUGGACAGACAGAAGAGGGCUGACACCCAGAACUGUCAAGCGAGCAAUACUCUCUUGUCUCAUUUCUGUUUCUCUCCUCUAUACUGUGGAGUCUGGCUACCCUCCAGCUUUGCUGCUGUAAACAGUUCUUAUCCCGCGGGAAGACUGUCUCGAUGCCCAAUUCCCAGAGGUGGGACUCAGCUUGAGUCCACCCCGACCAAAUUACCUUUAGCAAGAAGAAUGGUGUCUUAGAGAAUAAGCGUGGGUGGGGUGUCAUUAAAUACACAGGACUGCUAAUGCAGUGACAGAAGUCUUAAAAUAGGAGCAAACACCCCAAAAGUGGGGCACGUCGCAAAGACACAGAUUCCUGUCCGUCCCCGUAAUGCUGAGCUACUCCCAUGCUCACUGUCCCUAGCCGUUCUCUCCUGGACACACCCACACCGCAGUGGUCCUGUUUCUCAACGCCCUGUUCUCACUUGUCUUCCAUGGCAAGAAGACCACAGGCGAAAGUUCAGCUCACAUCCCUGGUAUAUAAUGAGGUUCUACGUGAUUAGACUUUAGCCAAUCCACGGACUCAGAUGAUGCUUUUGAAGGCUUCCCUGGCCCCAAAAGCUUUUCCCGUGCUCUGGGUUAAUGUCACAUUCCUGUGAUCACUGAUGAAUGAGCCAGGAAGUGAACCAGGGCGAGGGCCCAGGCAAGGGCAGUGAAGGAGGCUGUGAAGAAGGUAGAGGGCGCUAGAGACACACGUCAGCACAGGUUUCCCUGGCGCAAGCUCAGUGGAGGCCACAUUUAGAUGGCUUCAGCUACUAAGCAUAUCAUGAAUGUCUUUGUGCUAGGCUGGGAUAUACACAUAAUUUCUGGGUGAACAAAGAGAAGUAAUUUCUAUAUAUGCCUAAAGAGCAAAUAUGCUAAAGCAACCUGGGAAAGGGGCACUUAAUCCAACCAAAGGGUUUAGGGAGUGCGUCCUGGGAAAGAGAAGGCCUACACUGAGGCUUACGAGAUAAGAAAGACCUGGCUAAGCAAAGGAAGUUGGAAGUGUGUUCCAGAUGGAUAAAGGGUAACAAGUACGGGUAUAGGUAUAUACACAAUGUCGAGGGCAUGAACCUGGAAUCUUCAAACUCACACCUCUGGGAGGUGGUAGCAUCUGGAGGCUUCUUCCUUCACAUGUCCGAUGUCUGGCCUAAGAUUAUGUGAGAGCUGGACUCAGCUGAGACUGGCCCAUGGAAUGCCCAAGUAGUUUGGGUUUUCUCACAGCACAGUGGAUCCUUCGACAUCUUAUUAGUCUUCUCUAUGAGUGGAUCCAUCACCACGAAGGCAGAGAAUGUUUCAUUCCCUAGCACCUAGCAGAGUGCUUGGGAUAUAACAGAUUGGAGAACUAGUUGUUGGCUGAGUGAAUGGAGGAGGGUAGAAAGUUGCGCUUCACAUCUAAGGUCCUCGGUUUUCUCAGAGAGGUAAGAGGUAAGCUGCUCCUUUGAAAAUUAGAGGAGAUGGAUGUUGAGAAGCAGGGUGAAUGUUCUGGAAACUUGCUGAGGGAGAGGGGCAUGUAGAAAGACAGUGCCAUGAUGUACACCAUCAUAGAACUUUCCACCAGGGUAAACAGAUACCAGUUUGUUGUGAUGACCCAGGGGUUGAGUUUUACUCAAUGCAGGCAUAGGUUUAGGGUUACAAAAGGAUUUCAAAGUGCUCAGGAAAGAGUGGCCCAGGUAAGCAACUAGGACACCAACUUCCUAGGAAAGAAACUGAGUUGGGAAAUGGAGCGAAGAAAGGAGGAGCCAAUCAGAGGUCAGGUCCAAGGGCAAAGAUGACUGAAGGAAGGGGAGAACCAGAAGGCUAGAAGUUCAUAGUCAGAAGAUAGGGUAUUGGACUUUUAGAUCUGCUUAGUUACAACAGGGCCCACAUUUCUUUGAUUCCUUUUUCAUGCUUUUCAGAAUUCCCUAAUCUACUGGUAAUGAAGUAGUUGGGUGCAGGGAGCAGUUAACUGCUGAAGAUACUUAACUGGAUUAGGGAUAUCCAUGUACCAAGAUGAAAGAACAUUUAGAAGGCAAUAUAGGUAUACAGAGCAUUGGAGUGCAAAUAAUAGUAAUCACAAACACUUCUGGAACAUUCCCAAGGCACCAUGUGCUGCACUAAGGGCUUUAUAAAACAAACUCACUUAAUCUUUCCUAAAGCCCUUUGAAAUAGGUGCUAUCAUUAUCUCCAGCUUAGAGAUGAAGACACAGAGACCCCAAGAAAUCAAAUAACCGGCCCAGGGGUCACACAGCUAGUCAAUGGCAGAGCCAGAACUGGGUCCCAAGGAGAUACUGAAAAUACAGCAUUGAGGCAGUCUAACUCUUCCCUUUUGAAGAAGAAACAGAGGGCUAAUUAAUAACUUCACUUGCUCCAAGCUAAGAAAUAGUGGAGCUGGAGUUCUACCCACAGCUGUGUGAGCUGUUAACUUCCAAGCCAUAAUAGCUCGCUCAUCCAGAUGGUGACCUUUCCUUGUGAGAAUGAUCUCUGACUUUUGCAGUCUCCCUUUGUGGGGGGACAGCUUUAGAAAACCUUGGUGGUGACAGGGAGUAGUUGCUCAACACAUGUUUGUGGAAUAAACAGAAAAAUGAAGAUUACCACACUCCCUGGUGUCACCGUGGACCAGAAGGUGCAUUUUACAGUUGAGUAAUUCCAGAUAAAAACAGGAACAUGGUGUUUAUAAGCUGCCCUCAGUGGAGGAGAACACAGAAGCCAGGGGAGGGAGAAAUUGGGGGCCCUGAGGAGAGGGGCAUCCAGCAGGCACCAGCACCCCCAGCAUGGGAAAAGCCAGGGCUUUGUGUGAGCAGGGCUACCCUGCUCGGGCUCUCCUGCCUGGAGCUCAGCUGUGAAAACUCAAAGGGACACUGGUAUGGCCCUCAAUAAAUAUUUGUCCAAUGUGUGGAUGAGUAAAAGCAAGAGAGGGGGCGUGUUUUGGAAGUCCAUCCCUUUCCUCCCGGCCCACACCUCAGUAGUCACUCCCAGAUAAAACUCUCCCCGCCCGGCAGCCGCCACAGGCAGAGGAACGGGUGUCCGGGUCCCCUUGGGACGCAGAGCCAUGCCCAGGUACACGGUGCACGUGCGCGGAGAAUGGCUGGCCGUGCCCUGCCGGGAUGCGCAGCUCACCAUCGGCUGGCUAGGCUGUGAGGCUCUCAGGAGGUAUGUCAAGAAUAAGCCGGACAAUGGUGGCUUUGCCUCGGUGGAUGAUGUGCACUUCCUCGUGCGCCGGUGCAAGGGCCUGGGCCUGCUGGACCACGAGGACCUGCUGGAGGUGGCCCUGGAGGACAAUGAGUUCGUGGAAGUGGUUAUAGAAGGCGACGCCAUGUCUCCCGACUUCAUCCCAUCACAACCAGAAGGAGUUUACCUAUAUAGCAAGUACCGAGAGCCUGAAAAGUACAUUGCCUUAGAUGGGGACAGCCUGACCACAGAGGAUCUGGUCAACUUGGGGAAAGGACGCUACAAAAUAAAGCUCACCCCAACUGCUGAAAAGAAGGUGCAAAAAUCCAGGGAAGUCAUAGAUAGCAUCGUGAAAGAAAAAACUGUUGUUUAUGGUAUAACUACAGGUUUUGGGAAAUUUGCCAGAACUGUAAUUCCGGUCAAUAAGCUAGAAGAGCUCCAGGUCAACUUAGUACGUUCACAUUCUUCAGGUGUUGGGAAACCACUAAUCCCUGAGCGAUGUCGGAUGCUCUUGGCUUUAAGGAUCAAUGUCUUAGCCAAAGGGUACAGUGGCAUUUCCCUGGAGACCCUCAAGCAAGUUAUUGAAGUAUUUAAUGCCUCCUGCCUGCCCUACAUUCCAGAGAAAGGAACCGUUGGCGCCAGUGGAGACCUUGCCCCACUGUCUCAUCUUGCUCUUGGGCUCAUUGGAGAAGGGAGGAUGUGGUCUCCAAAGAGUGGCUGGGCUGAUGCGAAAUACGUCCUGGAAGCUCAUGGAUUGAAACCAAUUGUUUUGAAACCAAAAGAGGGCCUGGCGCUCAUCAAUGGGACACAGAUGAUCACCUCCCUGGGCUGUGAAGCCGUGGAGAGAGCCAGUGCUAUUGCACGCCAGGCCGACAUCGUGGCGGCCUUGACCCUGGAGGUGCUGAAAGGCACCACCAAAGCCUUCGAUACCGACAUUCACGCGGUUCGCCCUCACCGUGGGCAAAUUGAAGUUGCUUUCCGGUUUCGGUCACUCUUGGACUCAGAUCACCACCCAUCUGAAAUAGCAGAGAGUCACAGGUUUUGUGAUCGUGUUCAGGAUGCGUACACCUUACGCUGCUGUCCACAGGUCCACGGUAUAGUGAAUGACACGAUAGCGUUUGUGAAGAACAUCAUUACCACAGAACUUAACAGCGCAACAGAUAAUCCUAUGGUUUUCGCCAGCAGAGGAGAGACUAUUUCUGGAGGAAACUUCCAUGGUGAAUACCCAGCCAAAGCCCUAGAUUAUUUGGCCAUUGGAGUCCAUGAACUUGCUGCGAUUAGUGAAAGAAGAAUUGAAAGACUCUGUAACCCCUCCCUCAGUGAGCUGCCUGCCUUCCUGGUGGCUGAAGGUGGUCUCAACUCCGGGUUCAUGAUUGCGCACUGCACCGCGGCUGCCCUCGUGUCUGAGAACAAGGUUCUGUGCCACCCCUCGUCUGUGGACUCUCUCUCCACCAGCGCCGCCACAGAGGACCACGUCUCCAUGGGAGGAUGGGCAGCAAGGAAGGCCCUUCGGGUCAUCGAGCACGUAGAACAAGUGCUGGCCAUCGAGCUCCUCGCAGCCUGCCAGGGCAUAGAGUUUCUACGCCCCCUGAGAACAACCACUCCUCUGGAGAAGGUCUACGACCUCGUGCGCUCUGUUGUAAGGCCCUGGAUAAAAGAUCGCUUCAUGGCUCCAGACAUUGAGGCAGCACACAGGCUGCUCGUCGAGCAGAAGGUCUGGGAGGUUGCUGCCCCAUACAUCGAAAAAUACAGAAUGGAACAUAUUCCAGAAUCCAGACCGGUUUCUCCAACAGCCUUUUCACUGGAAUCUCUACAUAAGAAAUCCACCAAAAUCCCCGAGUCCGGGGAUCUUUGACAGGCUUUGUCAUGGAUCAGCAGAUCAGAGGGUCCUUGGUUGAACAGCAAGCAAUAUUAUGCAGAAGAAGAGACCUGAGGACUUUUCCUAAGUAGAUCAACCCAUUAUGUUGUUCGGUCCUUCUACAACCUCCUUUGCUUAGGCUGGUAACGGCAUUAGUGUUGCUCACUCUAGCACCGAGUUCUUAUUGACCUGGUUUGAGACACAGAAGUUGUUUUCAGAUUAUAGUUUUCUUUCUUCCUUAGCAAUAUCAAUAGGCCACAGACCACUUCAUAUUACUUGAACUCAGAUUUUGAAACAGAUUGGCAUUUUUUUCCAAAAACAUUAGACUUUUAUGAAGCUCUUUCUCUUCUUUUCCUUCUCCUUCUCCCCCCUCCCCCACCCUCCUCCCCCUCCCCCUCCUCCUUCUUCUUUUACGGUUUGACCAGAUCUCCACUAGAUAACUUAGGCUGAUUGAGUUAUACCAUGAUAUGAUGAAUGUUCUCACUAGGCCUUCAUCAACAACUUCUUUUGAAGUCAUAAUUUGUCCUGAAGCGUCUCUUUCUUCUAGUAAUCGCCUCAGAGUGUAGUCAAUAGGUCGAGAGGUUUUGUGUAAAGGAUUACUAUUGGAGUGGCCCUUACUGAUAUUUGUCACUAUAAAUGUCACUAUACAUCUCUAUCUGGCCAUCUGGCAAAACACUGUACAUCUCAAAAGAAAUCUCAGAUUCUUAAGCUGGAGUUAGAGGUUAGUAUUAUUACCUUCUUCCCGUGGGUUAGUACUUUAUUCACAGUCCUCUAACAACCCUGCGUUGAGAAGCCUCCUGUCUCACAAAUAAGGAAUCUUAACAUUCAGAAGUAACCAACCCCUUCUCUGUAAUGGUAACUCUUAAUAGGGGAAACUCUUGACAAAGGUACACGGGGCCCUGGGCUGUAUUACCCAAUCAGUUUUUUCCUCAAAAAAGAAGACAAAGGACCAUCUGGGAAGACUUAAGUAUAAUCACGCAAACGAAAGAUGAGUCAGAUGACCUCUUCGCUGCGCAAGGCUAACUCUGUGACUUUGCACCUACGUGUGCAAUUGCGUGCAAGGGGCUCCCCGUGCAGGAGACCAGAGCCACGGCUCCAACAACCACAGUAGGCCAGAUACACUUGCCAGCUUGCCUACCCGCUUCCAGCCUAAAAUGGGUCCAACAGUGUAUUUCACAAUAGGGUUUCUCUCUUUAGAUGGCGGUCAGUCUCCAGCAAAAGGUGGACACCCAAGGGAAAACCGCUGCCCACAGCAAUUCAGUGACCAAAAUGGGCUGAAGAGCCUGUUUAUGGAAAGGCUGUUCUGGGUACUGUCCUUUGCCAAAACAUCAACAGGCACAAUGAGUUCGUGCUUUGCCACGAACCCCAGUCGGGCCAGUAAACCCAGCCGUCUGAUGGCUGCUCUUCACUCCAGUGUGGGAGGGCUGGGUCCCUACAGGCCACUGUGGUCUUCCCGGGCAUUUUAUGAUCGAGUUUUCGAGGCAGCUCCGUGAGAAACAGGUUAUCACAUGCCGCCAAGAAAUGUCAAGGUAACCGUGGAAAGACUCCGUCUGUUGUCUUAGGUUGUCACGAUGUUCUUAGAUUUUUACAACCAAGUGUAGUGCCUCCUUAGGGAAAGCCUAUUUGAGCUGCAGUUAAUCAAGCUUCUGAAAGGUUUAGACAAUGAAUGUUAUUAGCACAUCGCCACACAUCUUUAAAAAGUGUGGUUGGUUUCUGUAUCCUUUCUCCUUCCCCGGGGAGUAGAAGGAAGGAUUAGAAGCAUCUCGAUUUCCUCCCAGCAGGCUCACCUGGGCUUCUUCCCCUGCCAUCUCAGGGCAGUUGGAGGGCAAGCCCCGGAGCCUUUGGGCUUUUAUGCUUUUCAGUGCCACACUUGCUAAUGUCCUGGUGGCCGAAACAAGUCACCCUGCCCAGCCCAAGCCAGACAGGGACAGUGCUACUCAAUGGCGUUGGGAUGUGAUCUGCGGUCCAUCACUGUAACAAUCUACCACGUACGUAAAACCAAACACAGAACCUGAAACAUUCAAGACGCUUUUUAUUACUACUUUAAACUUGAGCCUCAUCUUUGUAUCUGGUCAUGGGAUUGUUACUGUUUUAUUAAACCUUCUCAUUAUCUCA